AAAAAAAAAAAAGAAAAAAAAAAAGUAUUUCCAGUAGCUCAGAUAAUGCAAGCUUUAAAGGCUAAAUUUUAAAGCAGAGCUACAAUAAAAGAUAUAUGCCACACAAAGACUAUAGGAAGCUUAUAAAGACCACUAACAUAUUAAAUGGCCCAAGCUACUCUGAAUUGUGGUAUUGAGAUACCAGAACUUUCACUCGAGAUGUGUUGUUUUAAAGAAUGUUUUAAUGAAAAUUAGAUAAAGUUUGAUCUUCAUUAAAUUGCUCUACAAUGCUGCUGUCUUCUGUAACAUCAAACUGUAUUAUGGGAACAAACUUUGAAACGUCUGUUCCCUUGCAAGCCCCCCUUUCUGUUACAGCACUGUACGCUGUACCGGCUGCAUUAGUGAACUGUAGUGUUAACCUUUUAAGGAAUACUCCUGCUGGAGCUGCAUGCCAGGUUCUCCAAUUGGACAGGUCGUAUUUUCAAAUUGCAUUGCUGGCGGUUGCUUGUUAAUGCUCUGUUCUUCAAAAGCAGAAAGCGUCCUGUGCUUUCUUCAUUCUGUGAGUGUUUACUCUACUACUGCAGCACUGUGAAGAUUUCCUAUCGCUUUUUUUCUAAUGUGUUCUCCAAGGAAGGGACAGUCUCAGGACAGCAGACUGAGCUGUAAAUGUAUCAGAAACCGGGAGCCCAGCAUGAAGAAAGCAAGCAGGCCAGCGGUCGCCUCGUCGAAGGCAGGGAGUAAGAUGCAGAGCAACGAGAAGCUAAAAUCUGAGAACGGGGCAAGUGGGAAGAGCAGCUCCAAGACUGGGGGCACAGCGCCGCUGUCCAAGACAAAGAGCAAUGAUGACCUGUUAGCAGGGAUGGUUGGCGGUCUGUCUGUGAACAUCAGUAUGAAGGGAAAGAGGACCUGCUCGGUGGCGGGCACCUCCACAACGGGGACCACCGGCAGCACCUCUGAGGGCAAGACCAAGAGCAGCACAGGUUCUUCAGCUAAACGUGGCAUGUCUUCUGGGGCUAAAGAGGUGAGCUCAACGCGAGACAGACUCCGGGAGCGUUCUCGAGCCGGUACAGGCAAGAAGCUGUCCUCCUCUGCAGCUGCUGCCACUAAUGAUGCAGCGCUGGCCAAGCGAUCCCGCAGCCGCAUACUGGCAGAGUCCGAGACACGCAUGACCAAGGCUAAAUCAGACGGCCAGAUCACCGACAAAGCUGCCUUGGAGACUAAAGUGAAGGACCUUCUAGGCUUAGCAAAGAGCAAAGAUGUGGAGAUCCUGCAUUUGCGCAACGAGCUGAGGGACAUGCGGGCCCAGCUUGGCUUGGGCGAAGAGACCUCUGAAGAGGGGGAGGAGGACAAAGUGGUGGUGGUGGCAGAGGAAGAGGUCGUCUCCAUCACUCACCAAGCUACAGAUGUGGAAUCCACUCUGCUGCAGCUCCAAGAGCAGAACAAUGCCAUCCGUGAGCAGCUGAACCAGCUGAAGAACGAGAACCGCAUGUUGAAAGACCGGUUGAAUGCGCUGGGCUUCUCCCUGGAGCAGAGGUUGGACGGCUCUGAGAAGAUCUUCAGUUACCAGUCCCUAAGCCUGGAUUUAGAUGUGGGAAGCACCCACAGUGACGGAGGAGGGAUGCUGACUUCCUCAGUUGAAGGAUCGGCCCCUGGGUCCAUGGAGGAUCUCCUGAGCCAGGAUGAGAACACUCUAAUGGAAAACCGUCGCAGCAGCUCCAUGGACAACCUGGACAGCGAAUCCAGUGAGGUCUACCAACCCAUCACCUCCAGCGACGACGCACUGGACGCCCCGUCCUGUUCCUCCUCCUCUUCCUCCGAGUCCGAGGGGGCCCCGAGUCGGGAGAGGUCUCGGAAAGGCAGCAGCGGGAACGUCAGCGAGGUCUCUGUGGCCUGCUUGACGGAGAGGAUCCACCAGAUGGAGGAGAACCAGCACAGCACCGCCGAGGAGCUUCAGGCCACAUUGCAGGAGCUGUCCGACCUGCAGCAGAUCACUCAGGAGCUGAACGCAGAGAACGAGAGGCUGGGGGAGGAGAAAGUCAUCCUGAUGGACUCACUGUGCCAGCAGAGCGACAAGCUGGAGCACUACGGCCGGCAGAUCGAGUACCUCCGCACCUUGUUGGACGAGCAUCACAUCUCCUACGUCAUAGACGAAGACAUCAAGAGCGGCCGUUACCUGGAGCUGGAGCAACGAUACAUGGAGCUGGCGGAGAACGCACGCUUCGAGCGAGAGCAGCUGCUUGGGGUCCAGCAGCACCUGAGUAACACCCUGAAGAUGGCUGAGCAGGACAAUAAGGAAGCCCAGGAGAUCAUCGGGGCCUUGAAGGAGAGGAACCACCACAUGGACCGCAUCAUUGACUCGGAGCAGAAGGGCAAGGCGGCUCUCUCGGCUGCUCUGGAGGAUUACAAAGCCACGCUUGGCAAUGAACAGCUGGAGCUGAACCGCUUCAAAUGCCAGCUGGAGCAAGAGAGGCAGAAGGUUGCUGAACUAUACUCCAUCCACAACUCUGGAGAGAAGAGUGACAUCCAGGAGCUUCUGGAGAGUGUGCGAAUGGACAAGGAGAAGGCAGAGGCCUUGGCCACCAACCUGCAGGAGGAUCUGGGUCAUACACGCAAUGAGGCCAACCGGCUGCAGGAUGCCAUCGGCAAGGUGGAAGUGGAAUACAGGCUCUUCCAGGACGAGGCUAAGAAGCAGAUUGCGGACCUGACCAUUAGCCUGGACAAGCUGCGCUGUGCUCUGGAGGAGAAGGAGACGGCCAUCGGAGACAUGAAGGAGACCAUCUUCGAGCUGGAGGAUGAGGUGGAGCAGCACCGCGCUGUCAAACUGCAUGACAACCUCAUCAUCUCUGACCUCGAGAAUUCGGUGAAAAAGCUCCACGACCAAAAGCACGACAUGGAGCGGGAAAUUAAAAUCCUGAACCGAAGGCUGAGGGAGGAGUCUGCGGAGUGGCGUCAGUUCCAGGCAGACCUGCAGACAGCCGUGGUCAUCGCGAACGACAUCAAAUCGGAGGCACAGGAGGAGAUCGGGGACCUGCGGCGCCGGCUGCACGAGAACCAGGAGAAGAACGAGAAGCUGGGCAAAGAGCUCGAAGACAUCAAGAACCGCAAGCAGGAUGAGGAGCGUGGCCGGGUGUAUAACUACAUGAACGCAGUAGAGAGGGACCUGGCAGCUCUGAGGCAGGGCAUGGGGCUAAGCCGACGCUCCUCCACUUCCUCGGAGCCCUCGCCCACCGUCAAGACGCUCAUCAAGUCCUUCGACAAUGCCUCUCAAGUCAUCCCGGGCUCUGCUGCUGCUGCUGCUGCUGCUGCUGCUGCUGCUGCUGCUGCCACAGCCACAGCCACGACCACGGCCAUCUCCCGGACGCCCCUGAGCCCCAGCCCCCUGAAAACCCCCCCAGCAGCUGCUGUCUCGCCCAUCCAGAGACAUUCGAUAAGUGGACCCAUGUCUUCACCAAAGCCCCUAUCCUCGCUCGCAGACAAGCGGCCGAGCUAUGCUGAGAUCAAUGUUCCAGAGCACCUGAUGAGAACCUCCUCGACCGGCAGGCCAGCAUCCACACUGCAGAGGGGCCCCACCAUCGACUCCUCCAAGUCUAUCUCAGUGUCUCGGAGAAGCAGCGAAGAGGUGAAGCGUGACAUCUCUGCUCCAGACGGUGCAUCCUCAUCCUCUCUCAUGACGAUGAGAUCAGCCUCUCCCCAGCUGUCUCUCUCCUCCUCCUCCCCGACUGCCUCUGUCACACCCACAGCUCGCAGCCGCCUCCGGGAGGAGAGGAAGGACCCACUGUCAGCGCUGGCCCGGGAGUAUGGGGGCUCCAAGAGGAACGCUCUGCUCAAGUGGUGCCAGAAGAAAACCGAAGGAUACCAGAACAUCGACAUCACAAACUUCAGCAGCAGCUGGAACGACGGUCUGGCGUUCUGCGCGGUCCUGCACACCUACCUGCCGGCCCACAUCCCUUACCAGGAACUCAACAACCAAGACAAGAGAAGAAAUUUCACACUUGCCUUUCAAGCAGCAGAGAGUGUUGGCAUCAAAUCCACGCUGGACAUCAACGAAAUGGUCCGCACCGAGCGACCAGACUGGCAGAGUGUCAUGACGUACCUCACGGCUCUUUACAAGUACUUUGAGACAUGAUGUCCCCCUGUCUCGACUCCAAUAGAGGACUGUCUCUGAGAGCGACCAACCACUAAAUCACCUGCUGCAAACAGACACCCAGCAACAUGCAGGGAUACCCAGCUUAACAGCAUUAAAGCUAACUGACACCACAACCAGUAACACCUCUUGAUAUAAGCUGACUGCUUUGGGAAUCCCAUCCACCAGCACUGACCAGCUGCACAUGGGAGGCACACAGUACUGAAUAUUGUCUAAUAUAUUCAUUCAACUGGUUAAUGGAGAACUGCAGGGACAUUAUCGCAGUUUUAAGUUUUAGUGAAGGAAACCAAAACACCCUCUGAUUUCUUUUAUUGCAGGUAAAAGGCUUUCCAGGGAUCAAAGAAAUAAGGUUUUACAUUAAUACUACAAUCUGCCUGGCUGCACCAUGUAGAGAAGCUAAUCAUGCAUUGAAUACAGACUGGUACUGAGCUGUGCAACAGCACGUUAC